UGUAUGCUCUGAGACAGUUUUAAGACUUGUGUGUUGAGAAUUUAUGUGACUUUUAUGAAUAUUUCGAUAUAGCCCAUAUAACUCAGCCAGAAAAGGACAUUGUGGAAUCUCAUAACUGCUCUUCUUCCAGGAGUACUUCUUAAUUUGUACAACAUGUCUGAUAAGCCAAAGGUGUACCAGGGUGUGCGGGUGAAGACAACAGUUAAACAGUUGCUGCAACAGAAAAGAGCUCUCCAGACAUCAACUAAAACGAAAUCCCAGAGCUUGGUGAGUCAGGAUGUGUGCGUCUCCUCCUCCUUGUCAGGCCAUUACUUUGAUUAUUUCCCUGAAGAGAUGAAUUCCAACUGCAUCUUUCAGCCGCGGGACAUUCCAGAGAGCAACGUCCAGAUGGACAGCUUCGAUAAUCAACAAUUGAUAAGCAUGAUGAUCCCCAACGAGACCUACAGCAGUGGUAUUCUGCAUCCCGCUACCUCAACAAAACUUUGGCGCCAGGAAAAUCACUCCCCGAAUAUGGGCUAUUACGGCCAUGGCAUGGCUCCCAGCUCACCGUCAGGUUCCCUGAAUAUGCCAAGUCCGGUCGAUUACAAUAGUUAUUCGCCACAGGAGUCUUACUCUUCGUCGUGUUACAACUCUCCGACGAGGCUGGACUUGAGUUAUGGGUUUGUUCCAGACCACUACCACUACCAGAACUGCAACCUCCAGGAGAGCGUCUCCACUCCAGAAUACGCACCGUAUGGCACAUCAGACUAUGUAUACGCCUCGCCUGCGGAGGACAGCUACUUCAGGCGUGAUUUGUCAAAUUCAGAGCUGUGCUACCUUUGAAAAUGUAUUCGGUCUUUGUUGUCUGUGUAAAUACAGUAUAAUUUGCAGUCAAAACAAUGUCUGUAACUCGAAGUCAAACGUUGACACUUGUGGCAUUUGUUUUGAGAUGUAGGCCUGCUUUACAUUUCAGAGUGUUUGCGGUCGAAGUUUCCUCCGAGUUUCUGUUUUUGAUAUGAUUGGAAUAAUGGUUUUAGAAUUCCCGAGUUUGGAUAAAUGUUGGAUAUGUGUGGG